AUGGUUUCCGUCCCUCUGGCGACCGCGCUUCCAGAGUUGGACGCGGAGGCAGAAGUUAUGGAUUUAGUCCUUAUGGAGGGAAGCGAGAUCAACGACGACAAUAUGGGCGACACGAUAAAGAGAUAUUCCACUGCUGUAAUAAGCAGCGUUGUGGAAGAGACUGAAAAUGCAAUCCAAACCGUGCAGGAUAUCAAUAACAGCGCUUCAGACUUAGUACGAAGACCAGGCUUUGGCACUCGAGGUGCUCGGGUUGCUUUGUAUGCGAAUUACUUUGAAUUGUCAACACCAGCUGGCUGUGAGGUCUUCCGGUACAAUGUCGAGAUCACCCAGCCCGGAGUUCCCAAGCAGAAGCAACGGCAGAUAUUCAAUUUACUACUGGACCAGCAUCUCUCUGACAAGCGAUACUGCAUUGCCACAGACUUCAGGUCGACCAUUAUCAGCUCGGCCGAUCUUCUUGAUGCGAACCCCGAGCCGGAGGUGCUGUAUGAUGUUCGCUACAAGGGAGAAGCCCAGACUGAAUACCCAGAGGACGCGCCUAUAUUUCAAGUCAAGAUCAUUUUCGCCAGUAAAGUCAGCGUCUCUUCGCUAGUCGACUACCUCUCAUCGACAAAGAUAUGCGCAAUGUUCCGCGAGAAGUCCGAGGUUUUACAGGCUCUCGAUUUGAUUGUUGGACACGAAGCACAAGCUAGUCCGCGACUCGCUUCUACACCAGGGAAUAUACACUUUCCCAUCUGUGACAAGUCGGCAGAGCGGUUCAACCUCGGCGCUGGCCUUGAUGCUCUAAGGGGGUUUGCAAUCGGUGUCCGCGCUGCCACAGCUCGACUACUGGUCAACUGCCAAGUGGAUUAUACAGUAUUCUUCCAGAAGGCCGAACUCACAAGGGUUAUUACAGCAUAUCGGCAAGAUGGUUCGCCAAGUGUAUUCAGGCUUGAAUCAUUUCUGAGGAGGUUACAGGUCCAAGUCACGCAUAUAAACCAGCAAGCUCGGUUUAAAAUCAUCGUCGGCCUGGCAUCACCGUUGGAUGGACAGGAUCUGCCUCACCCGCCCAUUGUUGCUUGUCAUGGUGCAGGGCCUAGGGAUGUACAGUUCUGGCGUUGUGAUCCUAAUCCAGAAGCAGGCCAGAUAGAUGAAUCAGAAAGCAUGGACAUCGACAGCCCCCCUGAAGAGAAAGGGAAAUACAUCACAGUGGCAGAAUUCUUCUUUCAAAAAUAUGGUAUACGCCUUGAUCCCCAUAUGCCGGUGGUCAAGAUCCUUUCGCGCAACAAGCAACCUGCGUACCUCCCUGCAGAUGUUUGUAUUGUUCGAGAUUGCCAGCCGGCGCGGUCUCGCAUUACAGAAGCUCAGAAGAUGAAGAUGAACGCUUUUGCAAUCCGUAAGCCCGCGGCGAAUGCACGCUCUAUUACUUCCAAAGGCGCUGAGCUGCUGGGAAUCAGCUCUGGGAUGAAUACAAACACUACAUUGCGCAACUUUGGAUUCAACAUCAGCCCGGACCUGAUCACUGUACCCGGUCGGGUUUUACCGUCUCCCUCCGUCGUCUACGCAAACAAAAGCAAGCCGGAUAUCCUGUCCGGAGGGUGGAAGCAGAGAAGCGCCAAAUUCUGCAAGCCUUGCCGGCUAUCCUCCUGGGACUUUCUCUACCUUUCCAGCGCCAAAGAUAGAGACUAUUUCCCUUCGCCGGCUGAUCUGAGGCCCUGCAUUGCUGGACUGCGCUCCAAGUUGAGUGACUACGGCGUCACCACGCAGCCCAUGACCAACGGACAUCGUGUUGAUAUAACACCAGCUCUCUCCUCGAAUGGGAAGUACAACGUGGGGAUACUCGACCAGACCAUACACACUGCUUUGAAACACCUAACAAGGGCACGCAAACCAGAACUAGUCCUUGUGGUUCUCCCCUCCACAAACGGCGACGUCUACAACUCCGUAAAGCGCAUUUGCGACGUGCACAUGGGCAUCAUGAAUAUCUGUACGCUGGCACCAAAGCUCUCCAAGAAGGACGAGGCAUACCUAUCCAACCUGUGCCUGAAACUCAAUUUGAAAAUGGGAGGCGUAAACCACGUACUCGCCACUGACAAAUCGGGGGUUAUGUCUGAUGGGAAGACAAUGGUCGUCGGUAUUGACACGACACAUCCACUCACACGCGCCACAGCAGGAGCAGGACCAGACAUGCAGCCUGUCGUUGUAGGCAUGGUUGGUUCUAUCGACAAACACCUGGCUCAGUGGCCCGGUGAAGUACGCAUUGAAAAGUCCCAGCCCCGGCGAACAACAGCUGCUGCUCUCGGCGCCAUGCUGGAAUCCCGUCUGCAGCUAUGGGCGUCCGUGAAUAGGAACCAGCUCCCCGAGAAUAUAGUCGUCUACCGUGGUGGGAUCUCAGACGGUGAAUACACACGCGUACUAGAAGACGAGAUUCCACUCCUCAAGUCCGCCUGCGCAAAAGUCUAUCCCGAAAGCGAGAAGAGGAAAGACCUCCCUAAGUUGUCCGUGAUCAUCGUCAGCAAGCGACACCGUACGCGCUUCUAUCCGAGUCAGGAAGCCGACGCCGACAGAUUAUCAAAUCCACGAAACGGUACCGUCGUCGACCGCGGCGUCACCGAGGCCAGAGAGUGGGAGUUUUACCUGCAAGCUCAUACACCCUUACAUGGUACCGCACGUCCAGCACAUUACUAUGUUAUCUGGGACGAGGUCUUUCGGUUUCGCAAGUCACAGCCGCCAUUCGCCAAUGCGGCUGAUAUCUUGGAGGGAUUUACGCAUGAUUUGUGCUAUCUCUUUGGCCGGACUAAUAAGGCAGUCAGCCUCUGUGCUCCUGCGUACUACGCGGAUUUGCUUUGUGCGCGUGCACGCUGCUAUCUGACGGAGACCUUGAAUGAUAACAACGGAUGUGGCGGUAGGCCGUCUGAAUACAUUGUCCAGAAGAAAAAGAUCGACAGUAAGGAGAUGGGCCGCGCAGUGGAUUUUACAACCAUCCGGGUUCAUGCUGAUCUGCGCAAAACCAUGUUUUAUAUUUGA